AUGUCUUUGAUUUUCGGUUUAGUUUUUUGUAGGGUUGGUAAAGCUACUCCGAAGCAAAAUGAUCAACGUGUUGUCUUUUACGUGUUUGGAUCAGAGGACAUCUACAUCGUAGAUCCAAAGAGCAAAGCUAUUUUGUCUACAAUCGGUCCUGAUGGGGUUUGUACCAAAUCAAAUAACAGGUAUUCCAGGUGAGCAUGCCUAAACAAUAAUGUCUGCCGAAAUUUUUCACAUUCCUUGCCUUGAGGUAAAUAUAUAUCUAGCAUGAGACGCAGUGUUUCAUCACCAGAUUUUUCAUCUGAUUUCCAAACACUCAUUAAACAUUAAUUUCCUUUGUAUUUUCUUUUUGACUUAUCAAUGAGUUUGAGAAUACAAUAGAAAUUGUGACAUCUUCUGUAUUUUACCAGGGAUAACUGUUCGUUCGGUCGCAAUACAGUGGUGAGAGACAAACUCAUCUUCUUCAGCGACAUGCCUGGGAAUCGAGUUCACGUUAUUGAUGCGCAGGAGCAAAAGGUAAAUAGCUUCCUCCAAUUUGUAACUCUGUACUAAGGUCGACAAAGCAGAUGAUGAGUUCAUUAACAAAUAAUUCUCCGUUCAUGUUUUCCGUCUUAAGUGGGAAACCGGAAGGCCCCAAAUUAGCCUAACGGUUAUAUUCUCGCACCUCAUGACUUCGUUGCUGUUUGCUGGCGUCAUCAGUUACAACACAUACUCGGGAAAAAUAGAAAUCUGUUAGCAACCUCAUCCCCAGGUUAUUUCGGGCAGCCAGCGCCCCUAUCAUUAGGGGCACCCAACGAGAAUGUAGUUCAAAACCACGUAAACGUGGCAUUUUUGAACGUAUUGUAGUAUUUAAACGGUACCUAAAGGCAUAUUUUUAUCCCCUAAAAAUUUUUCAUCUGUUCGGAUUUCCUAGCUGAGAGUCUAGUGAUCCGAAAAUUAUAGGGAUCAGACCUUACCUUUUCGAAAAUUUCAGCCAGAAACAAGGCUUCCGAAAAUUCUAGGUAACCUUUUUAGGGUAAAAAUCCGUUGAAAAUGGGCAAUUAUACCAUUUUUUAGAUGUUCGAAAAUCCUAGGAGAGGCAGGCAAGCAACAAAUCUUACAAAAAAUGAUCCGAAAAUUCUAGAUCUCAAAUCGUCUUCCGAACAGAUAAUUUUCCGAAAAUUGUCGUUGGGUGCCCCUGUAUCAUCGUCUGUACUAUUGUUAUAAAUUUCUAUUUCUUGUAUAUUAUGGGGUGAAAUAAAGUGUUGUUGUUGUUGUUGUUCUCAUUUUCUAAUAUGUCGGCGGCCAUAUCGAAAAACGAGUCGAGAAUACCCUGGGGACGAGGUUGAUCUGGGAGUUAACCAUGCCUUUUGUUGACACCAUGUAAACAGUCGCGUAACGAUUGGUAAACGAGCACCCGAACUAGUGUGGACCACAACAUUGAACGCGUUUACACGGGUUACCAAAUAAGUGUGGACGUGGUCUGAAGCUAUGCAUGUAAAAUAGACGUAAACCGAUUAUACAGCUGUUUCGAGAAAGUUUAGUUGAAAAAAGCGUAGAAGUGAACGGGACAAUCCAGCCUCAAGAUAAUCUUGGACCAGUGAAUUUAAUUAAGUCAAAUAAAUGAAUGAAUAUCAGACUCGCUUUUGGCAGUCCGCAUAGCGACGAUCUUAGAUCGUGGGCCAUAUGGAUGACGAAGGUUUUGGGUUGUCAUACUGUAAAUACCAUUUCGAUUCGAAAGUUUGAAAACUGUGCAAGAUCGAGAAGUGUAUUGGUCCGCUUUGUCUAAAAACUCCCAAGGAUCGUUAAACAAAACGAUGAGAGAAAACAAGCCAGGACACUGUGUAUACAACUGUAAAAUGGCCAAUUAAUAUCAACAUUUUGCCUCCAAAGGUCGUGGAAACAAUCCUAACAGAGGGCUACCCGUAUGAUUUGUACUACCUACAUUGGCUGAAGGAGGUCUGGGUACAUUCCUGGACCAACUCUACUUUUGACGUCAUCAACACCGAUGGAAGCCUGAAAAAGACGCACAAGGCUAUCAAGGCGCAUGUGCAACCAGGUCAGUACAGAGUGUUAAAGAGUGUUGGUUGAGUGUUGGCGUCAUUUUUUUGGUGUGUAACCAAUGAAGAACGAAAUCUGAGCUUAUCUUAACGUAUCAUAAAUUUCAACUUUUUCUCGGCGGAUUGCACCUUAAGAUUGAAAGAGUUUAGCCUCACCGCGCAAGGCAACAGUUGUAAGUUCAUCCUGCGAGUUUUACAGCUUUGGAAUGGACUUUUUAACUCCGCCUUUACAGAACGCGGGUGUAGGUUAAAUUUCUUCUGUCCAUUAAGGGUAGUCUUGCUUUGUUGUCGAAAAAAAAACCAAUUAGAUCAUUUAUCUAAAGAUUACACAUUAGAAUGGAGAAACUAAAGAAAGCGAUGCAUGAUCAUGCAUGUUUUCCUGCUCGCGAAACCGGCAGCAUGUUUUCUGUUAGUGGCCUGAGACCGGCUACAGAUGUGUUUUGUUAGCUUCAGUUUGUUAGGAUUUCGUAGAAAUCCCUCCUUAAUUUUGUUUUACCCAUGUUGUACACUGACAAAGCUCUUGUCGAACUGUAUACGUUCUUAGGUUGGACACACGGGUACAUGUUCGCUGACCCAGAGGUGAAAGACGGUAAAACUGGUUACAUCACUCACUUGUUCAACCCAGGCCUGCACCAAAUUGACCUCAUAGCCAAGGCAUACAAGACCUUUGUUAACGUUUCUGACUACGACUGCACCGGAACUCUGAACUUCGUUUACAGCCCUGUGAACAAACACGCCUUCUUUGAUUGCUAUAGAUCGAGUACGAAGGUUGCAUUGUUGGAGAUGAACCUCAGCAAUGACACAAUUGUCCGUAAGUGGAACAUCGCUGGGGUCCCAUAUGCUUCACCCGAUGGCCGCUACAUCGUUGCACUCUACAAAUCUGUCAACGAGUCGACGAACCUGCUCCUUGCUAGUAAAGUUUAUGUGCUGGUUAUUCCUGGCAAGGACAGUGCUACCAUUUUGAAGUCCACAUUAGAUAUCGAUGGUGGCGUAAGCGACCUUGUUUAUUAUGAGAAGGUCGAAAAGAAGGGAAGUUUUAUUGCUUACAUCAGUCUUAUUUACAGCGACAAGAUAGCAGUGUUAGAUCUCGACUCUCUCGACUCUAGUAACCACCAAAUCAGCUACGUCGAAAACGUUGGAAACGUCCAUUCAGCACCCGGUAUGCACUCCGUAAGUCGACCGUUGGUAGCAUCGGGUCCCUGGCUUGUGACUCCAGCCACUGCUGACCAAUCCCUUGCCAUCAUCAACAUCGCCACGCAAGAGCUGUAUGGGAUGAUAAAGGGUGUGGUUAAGGGUAAGGGGAUGGUAGCAUAUAGGGAGAUAGCAGCAUACUCAACGACGCCAUAUCCCAAAGGAGCUGGGAGAAGCUUUUGUGGUUCAAAGGCGAUUGUGAUGUUCACCUUGCUGUAUACUCUGUACAUGUUGAUGGCCGGCUAGAAGAAAGGAAAUUCUAAGGCUAUAUUUACACCUCGUUAGGAAAAGUCCUUUAGAAACACUUUCGCCAAAAUCAAUUUACACCACCACUAGUUUGUCCUCCAAAUCUUAUAGGGCGUGUUCGGGAUGCAAUAACCCGCAUCAAUAGUUAAUGUGAUUUUUCUUUUUUUAUUAACGAGAAGGGCAUACACAGAUUCCCACCAAAAUGCGUGCAUUUAAUGCACGGUUAUAUAUUUUAAGUAGCUGUCUCUACUGUUAAUAAAGAGAACUGGGUAAUGAAUUUUGGUCUCAUCGGAGUCAGUAUAGUAGAAAAAUAGGGUAAGAAGGCCGUGUAGUACUUACAACUGGGGAAAAGGUGGAGAUGAAGUUAGGAGAAGUAUGGACAAAUAACGUAUAAAAUGUAGGCAAUCAUAACUUUCUGCAGGAUAGUUAGAGGUCUCAAGAUCAGAAGUGGAGGACCAUAGCUCAGUUUGACUGGACAAUCAAUCAAUGUCAUAGAAGCAAAUCAUAAAUUAGAAGACAAGUAACUGUUUUGAGUAGUAAGUGUCUUUAUCGACGUCUGAUGGGUUUAGUUUGUAAAGAAAUUGUGGUGUUAAUUAACGACUUUGUAAACUGAGGUGAAUAGUGUAUUGGUUACCGUAGUGCAAAGAUUGGGAAACUAUCGACGUGUUGCCCUCAGAUCCUUGCCUUUUUAAUGCACACCAGGUGGCGUUUCCCGCCAAUCACCGCGAAGUAUAAAACACAACACAGUUAGAAACUUUUGACGCCAAAUGUAUUUAUUUCAGUUUACUCUAUUUGAACAUUUCUAGCCGAUUUAUUCUUAAGCGUGCGGGAAAUUCUCAGCAAAUGAACCUCUUUACUGGGUGCCGCUGGGUUUUAGUUGUGUAGAAUGGUUUCGUACAUGCUUUGCACUCCCAUAACCACGUCCAUAGCGCGCGUCUUCAAGGACAACUGUAGAAACAACAAACACGAGUUAG